GUCUGUAAAUGAGUCAGAGCUAGAGCUGGGGAAGAACCGGGAGCAUAUAGAAUGCAAUCAUCAGCAAAAACGUGGAUAUUACAAUGUUGAUUAGGAAGAAUAAUAUUAUUCAUGUAUAACGUAAAAAGGAGUGGUCCAAGGACAGACCCCUGCGGCACCCCAUUUGUAAUAGUAAGUGGACUUGAUUGAACACCGUCAGCAGCAACAGUUUGUAUUCUGUCUGUAAGGUAGGACUGGAACCAGUUGAGAGCAUUAACAUCUAAAUCUAUGCCUAUUAGGUUCAUAUUGUCAAGCCUCGACUCCUGUUAACCCAAUCUGUUUGGUCUUAUUCAUGUCCCGUCCCCAGCAAAACAGUGUACGUGCAGGUUAUGCUGUUAUAUCAUCCCUACCAAUGUUGAGACCAAACUUGCGCCCCUUAAUUUAAUAAUGAUGACAAGACAAUGCUAAUUAUCUCCCAAACACAUACAUGCAAAUCAAAACAAAAAUUCUGUCUUCUCUCGUGUGAACAUUGUCACAUGAGCCCUGUCCAACAGUGCAAUGGUCACAUGAGUUUAUUUUGGACAAAAAUGCAAACACAGAUUUUCCUAAACCAAUACUGGAAAAUAUAUUUUUGUGUGCAUUACAUUCAUCAAUGUUAGUCUUUUUAAAUUUGUUUUUCAACCCCCUACAUUGAGCAUGCAUGCCUAGUUCAAACAAGAGAUACAAUAUAAAUAAGCAAUUGUGAAACAAUCCUUCACUUCACCGAGAAAAAUGUUCUUCGCAAAGUUGACCGCCAUUUCCAUUCUGAUUGCAGUAUUCUCUUGGACACCUGCAGAGGCUAUUGUCGAUGUGGCAUGCCCGGGAAUGAAACCUGAGCUGAAAUGUCCUUCUGGAUUUGCCAUCUUUGUCGAGAAGGUGGACGUAGGGUUGAAGAAGGAUGCUGACUGCUCUGCUCGCAAUAAGGCUGCUGCUGCUGUUAUCAGUGAGAUCAGCUUCAUUCAUCUUGCGCUUUUUACCGGGCUUAUAAAUGUCUGCGAAAAUGAAGAGCUGUGCCUCCUGCCUGAAAAUAUAUUACCUGAAUUGUUCAUCCAAAUCUCCUACUCCUGUGUAGAAAAACCAAAAGAUCUGGUUAAAACAAUAGUGUGCGACGGAAAAUCUGAAAACCUCAAAUGUGAUGUUGGGGUCCUGGGUAUUCUUGAUGUCAAGUACGGGCGUGUGGAUGAAAAAACCUGCACUGACACGCCAUCAGCUAUGACUUCCUGUCGCAGUGUCAUUGCUGAUGAUAUCAUUAAUGCUUUGUGUCAAGGUGAAAAAGAGUGCACCCUUGAAGCAGACCCCUCCAUUCUAGGAGUGCCUUUUGCUUGUGAUGACCUUCCAAAGUAUCUACAAGUACAAUAUAUUUGCGUCGAUAUGAAAAUCUAGGCAUCCUGCAAAAAUCAGAGAGCAGCAACCAAUUGAUUAUAGCUCUAUGCUCACAAACAAAAAUCAAGAUGUAGAAUUAUAAUAAAAUUUGUGC